AUUGCAUUCUAAGUUUAGCUCAGGCAGCCUGCGUUACAGUUUAAGGGGCGCUUGCAGAGUCGACAUUGGAGCCCAGGUUGUUGGUGGAGAUGGCUUCUCAACGGAUGCUGCAGGCCUUGCUGAGAAGGUCUGUCUAUGCGGGCAAUGGACCCAGUGGGGAUCUGAAGAUUGUGAGGGCUCUGUCUGGGGCUUUGGGCGCCGCCCCAGUUUAUCCCCUUGGCACGAGCACCGCGCAGGACUGCGUUGGUUUGACCAGUGCUAGCCAUGAGGACAGCCACAGAACCAAGUUGGGUUGGGCUGCUUCGUGGGGCCUGGCAGCGGCAGGUUUCACCACACUGUGCUCCACUCCCCUCUCAAUAGUUCAAGCAGAGGAUGCGGCCUCCACUUCGGGCGAGCAGCCCCCCGCUAAGUCGCCCCUGAAGCCAAUUGUAAUCUUUGUACUAGGCGGCCCCGGAAGUGGGAAGGGCACCCAAUGCGAGAAUAUUGUUCGAGAGUACGGCUUUGUGCAUCUUAGCGCUGGGGACCUGCUGAGAGCCGAGAUGAAAUCGGGGUCUCAGUAUGGGGACAUGAUUGCGACCAUGAUCAAGGAGGGCAAAAUUGUGCCCUCGGAGGUGACGGUGCGACUGCUCCAAAACGCGAUGGCCGCCAGCGGCAAGAACAAGUUCCUCAUCGACGGCUUCCCGCGUAACGACGAGAACAGGGCCGCGUUUGAAAGAGAGACCGGCAUCCAGCCAGAGUUCGUUCUCUUCUUCGACUGCCCAGAAGAAGUCAUGGAGGCGCGGCUCCUAGACCGGGGCAAGUCGUCCGGGCGGUCCGACGACAACAUGGAAAGCAUACGGAAGCGCUUCAAGACGUUCGUGAACCAAAGCGUGCCCGUCGUGGACCAUUACGAUGGCCUAGGGAAGGUGAAAAAGGUGUCUGCCACUCGGAGUAAAGAGGAUGUCUUUCGGAGCAUCCAGCCCUUCUUUACAGAGUUUCAACAGGCCAACUUAUUGGAGGCCACCCAAAUGCUGUUGGACGCUAUCGACGGCGGUGACUACGAGGCUUAUGCGAAGCUGUGCGACGAAAAGCUGACGGCGUUUGAGCCGGAGGCGCAAGGCCACCUAGCGGAAGGCCUCGGCUUCCACAAGUUCUACUUCGACCUCAAGAAACCCGUUGCGGACGCCGCAUCCCCGGAAUCGCUCGCGCUGAUUCGGCCAAAGUCCACCAUCUCCUCCCCCAAAGUGUCCGUUUAUGGAGACGUCGCGGUCGUGACGUACGUCCGGUUGCAACAAGACGUGGGGUCCUCGAAGACAGGGUUCACGUCGGCGCACCAGGAAACGAGGGUGUGGCAGCGGAAAAGAGAUGGAAAGGGCUUAGCGGAGUGGAAGCACGUCCAUUUUCAUAGGUCUGCAGCACCCUCGGUCUAACUACUGCCGCUCCCAUUCUUAUUGUCGCUCGACCUAGUAUAAUGCUGUGAGUCUCGCUUGAUAGUACAGAAGAGCGAUAGAAAGUCAUUGAACAGCUGAGUUUUCGCAAUGUGUACGCGUUCCUGCACGCAAUUGGCGGAGUAGACUUCAACGAGCUGACCGGCCAAGCAGAUUCGAAUCGUCCUGACUAACUUAUUGAUCGAAAUCAGUGCCCAUGUCCAGAGGCAAUUCAGUGUCUGGCCCCCUGGCAUGUCAAUUUUGUUUGGAAAGCGU